AUGGCCGCGCUGCUCAGGGCCGUCGCUGCGGGCGGCCUGGUCCUGGCUGGUCUGGGGAGCGCCGUGGCCGCAGAACCAUUUACGGCGAAGCAUGAGGCCGGGCGCUGCGCCAUGCGCGGGCACUGCGGGAAGAAGGGUUUCUUUGGAAAGGAGCUGCCCUGCGUAGACAAUGGCCUGGCCGAAGACCCAGACGCCGAGCUUCGGGAAGAGCUGGUCGCCCUGUGUGGACCGAAAUGGAGCUCCGGUUCCGUUUGCUGCAACAUGGAGCAGGUGAAAGCGAUGAAGGACAACUUUGGCACCCCAAGCCAACUCAUCUCAUCGUGCCCUGCCUGCAAAGAGAACUUCUUCAACCUGUUCUGCACAUUCACGUGCUCUCCCGACCAAUCUCUCUUCAUCAACAUCACGCAAGCGCAAGAAAACAAGGGCAAGCUCCGGGUCGCCGAGUUGGAUCAGUUAAUAUCGAAGGAAUAUGGGAGCGGGUUCUACGACAGCUGUAAAGAUGUCAAGUUCGGACCCACCAACUCGAAGGCAAUGGACUUUAUCGGCGGAGGGGCCAAGAACUACACGUCCUUCUUGAAAUUUCUGGGUGAUGAGAAAGCAUUGGGUUCGCCGUUUCAAAUCAACUUCCCGACAGGCGACUAUCGCGAGCCGGGGAUGGGACCCACGGACAUGAAGCCGAAGAAAUGCAACGACGAGGAUCCGAACUUCCGAUGCGCUUGCGUCGACUGUCCUGUAGUCUGCCCGGAGCUGCCAGAUGUCGCCGAGAGCGGAUCUUGCAAAGUCGGUGUCCUGCCAUGCCUCUCGUUCGCCGCCAUAUUCACGUACAGCAUUCUGCUCUUCUCUUUUAUCGCUGCUAUCGCAGGGCAUGUCGCCUGGAGGAAGCAUGCUAAGCGACGCAACGAGCGGCUUCGGCUGUUGCAGGAUGCUUCACCAAGCGAUGACGAGGACGAGGGGGACCUGGUACAUAACGCGGCAAUGCUCGACCGGCCCCAACGGAACUACAAGAUCAACGCGAUCUGCGAUUCUGCCUUUAGCAAGCUCGGCCACCUGGCUGCUAGAUUUCCUGGCAUCACCAUCACGAGCACUCUUAUCAUUGUUGCCAUCCUGAGUGUUGGUCUGAUCCGUUUCGAUAUCGAGAAAGACCCAGCGCGAUUGUGGGUCAGCCCAACCUCUGACGCGGCCCGAGAGAAGGCCUUCUUUGACUCAAAUUUCGGACCGUUCUACCGCGCGGAAAAGAUCUUCCUUGUCAACGAUACUCAUGCUGAGGGCGAGGGACCGGUCCUGAGCUACGACAACAUCAUCUGGUGGAUGGGCGUCGAGAAGGGCAUCCGUCGUCUUAAGGGGCCUCGCUUUGGAGCUACACUGCAGGACGUUUGCUUCAAGCCGACCGGCUCGGCUUGUGUCGUUCAGUCCGUCGCUGGGUGGUUUGAAGACGAGCCCGCCAUGGUCAGCCGUAGCACGUGGAAGGACGAUCUCCGGAGGUGCGCUGAGUCGCCCGUGGAAUGCCGCCCCGAGUAUGGCCAGCCAAUCGAUGCUGAUAUGAUCCUUGGUGGUUACUCGAGUCUGGACGAGAUUGCUGAGGCACCUGCCAUGACUGUUACUUGGGUUGUCAACAACUACGCCGAGGGUAGCUCCGAAGUGGCUCGAGCCAUGGACUGGGAGUCUGCGCUCAAGAAUCGCCUGCUUGACCUGCAAGACGAGGCUGCUGCACGGGGGCUGAGGCUGUCCUUCUCCACGGAAAUCAGUCUCGAGGAGGAGCUGAACAAGUCUACCAACACCGACGCCAAGAUCAUUGUUAUCAGCUACGUCAUCAUGUUCCUGUACGCAUCUAUCGCUCUCGGCUCCACGACGAUGUCAUUGCGAGACCUCCUGCGCAACCCUGCGGUGUCUUUGGUCGAGUCCAAGUUCACUCUGGGCGUCGUCGGAAUUAUCAUUGUUCUGAUGUCGAUCACCUCGUCGCUUGGGCUAUUCUCGUGGGCCGGCCUCAAGGUCACGCUGAUUAUUGUCGAUGUCAUCCCCUUCAUUGUGUUGGCUGUUGGUGUCGACAACAUCUUCCUCAUCGUGCACGAGUUUGAGCGCGUCAACAUCAGCCACCCUGAUGACGAGGUCGAGCAAAGGAUUUCGCGGGCGUUGGGCCGCAUGGGCCCGUCAAUUCUGUUCUCGGCCAUCACUGAGACCAUCUCUUUCGCCCUUGGCGCCUUCGUCGGAAUGCCUGCCGUUCGCAACUUUGCCAUCUACGCUGCUGGGGCCGUCUUCAUCAACGCGAUCUUGCAGGUGACCAUGUUCAUCUCGGUGCUGACACUCAACCAGCACAGAGUUGAGGACUCCCGGGCAGACUGCUUCCCGUGCAUCCAAGUCAGAGCUGCUCGAGUGCAUCUUAAUGGUAGCGGUGGCAGUAUGGGCACAAGGCUCUACGAGGCACCUGAAGAAAGUCUCCUCCAGCGGUUUAUCCGGAGACGCUAUGCUCCGGCGUUGCUCGGGAAGAAGGUCAAGGCAGUCGUUGUUGUCGUCUUUCUGGGUCUUUUCACUGCUGGAAUCUCAUUGAUUCCUGAGGUUCCGCUGGGUCUAGAUCAGCGGGUGGCUAUUCCCGAUGACUCCUACCUGAUCCCUUACUUCAACGACCUGUACGAUUAUUUCGAAUCUGGUCCUCCGGUGUACUUUGUCACAAGGGAUCUCAACGUCACGCAGCGGAAACAUCAGCAGGAUAUUUGCUCUCGCUUCUCUACGUGCAACCAGCUCUCACUUACUGGCAUCCUCGAGCAAGAGCGCAAGAGACCCGAGGUAUCCUACAUUGCCACCCCCACCGCCAGCUGGAUCGAUGAUUUCUUCCUCUGGCUGAAUCCCGAUUUCGAGUCUUGCUGUGUGGAGCACGGCAAGCCCUGCUUUGCUGGGCGCGACCCGCCGUGGAACACCACAUUGUACGGCAUGCCCGUGGGCGACGAGUUCAUCCACUACGUCGAGAAAUUCCUGAGCGCAAAGACGACGGAUGACUGUCCGCUGGCCGGCCAGGCUGCCUACGGCCAAUCUGUCGUCGUGGACGAGGAGAAGGAGACCAUCCCAGCGAGCAACUUCCGAACCAUGCAUACGCCCCUCCGCAGCCAGGAUGACUUUAUCAAGGCAUACGCUUCUGCAAGGCGCAUCGCGGCUGACAUUUCAAAGAGCACCGGAGCCGACGUCUUCCCUUACAGCGUCUUCUACAUCUUCUUCGACCAGUAUGCUUCCAUCGUCGGCCUUACUGCUUCGCUCCUGGGUGCGGCCAUUGCCAUCAUCCUCAUUGUGGCCACCAUCCUGCUGGGGUCUCUUGUGACUGCAGCCGUCGUCACGGUGACGGUCAUCAUGACCAUCGUGGACAUCAUCGGCGCGAUGGCCGUCAUGGGCGUCUCGCUCAAUGCCGUGUCGCUCGUGAACCUGAUCAUCUGCGUGGGCAUCGCGGUCGAGUUCUGCGCGCACAUCGCCCGGGCCUUCCAGUUCCCCGCCCGCGCGCUGAUGGAGCAGGCCAAGAACAGGUUCCGGGGCCGCGACGCGCGGGCCUGGACGGCGCUCACCAACGUCGGCGGGUCGGUCUUCUCGGGCAUCACGGUGACGAAGCUCCUGGGCGUGACGGUGCUGGCGUUCACCCGCAGCAAGAUCUUUGAGAUCUACUACUUCCGGGUCUGGGUCGCGCUCGUGGCCUUUGCGGCGACGCACGCGCUCGUGUUCCUGCCCGUCGCGCUGAGCCUGGUCGGCGGGGAGGGCUACGUUGACCCCGAGGGCGAGGGCGGGCUGGAGGAUGACCUCACUAGCAGGCGGUAUCGGGCUAUGGUUCCUGACGAUGAUAGUGACUCUGACGGAGAGUGGUGA